UGGUCCAAGAAUUUCCGCCCCGACUAUCCAUUCAGAAGCGCUUGCGUCAUUGCGUCAUUGUGCGGGGCGGCCGCCCGCGGAAAUUUGAAAUGGCUGACGGGCGGCUGACGGGUGGCGCUCUGGAGGCAGAGGCGAUGGCGCCAGAGCGCGCUGGCUGGGCGGCCGGAGAGGAGCCCCUAGAGAAAGGUUUGUUCCAAGAUGAAGAUUCAUGCAGUGAUUGUAGCUAUCAUGAAAAGCCAGGUUCUAGUUUACAAAGUUUUGUACCAGAAGGAAAAAGUCUUUUCCCAGAAGUUUUCCAGACAAAUCAACUUUUGUUCUAUGAGCGAUUCAGAGCCUAUCAAGAUUACAUUUUAGCUGACUGCAAGGCCUCUGAGGUAAGGGAAUUCACAGCUGAAUUCUUGGAGAAGGCCCUUGAACCAUCUGGAUGGCGGGCAGUCUGGCACACUAAUGUGUUCAAGGUGCUGAUUGAGGUCACAGAUGUGGACUUUUCAGCCUUGAAGGCAGUGGUGAGGCUUGCUGAACCAUACCUCUGUGAACCUCAAGUAAGCACUUUUACCUUGGAAUGUAUGAAAGAGCUCUUGGAUCUGAAGGAACAUCAGUUGCCCCUGCAGGAGUUGUGGGUAGUAUUUGAUGAUUCUGGAGUAUUUGACCAGACAGCACUUGCAAUUGAACAUGUCAGAUUUUUGUACCAAAACAUUUGGAGGAGUUGGGAUGAAGAAGAGGAAGAUGAAUAUGAUUAUUUUGUCAGAUGUGUUGAACCUCGAUUGAGAUUACAUUAUGAUAUCCUUGAAGACCGAGUUCCUUCAGGACUUAUUGUUGACUACCGCAAUCUGUUGUCUCAAUGUGAGGAGAGUUACAGAAAAUUUUUAAAUCUGAGAAGCAGUUUGUCAAAUUGUAGCUCUGAUUCUGAGCAGGAAAAUAUCUCCAUGGUGGAAGGGUUGAAAUUGUAUUCGGAGAUUGAACAGUUGAAACAAAAGCUAAAACUCAUUGAGAAUCCUUUGUUGAGGUACGUGUUUGGUUAUCAGAAGAAUUCUAAUAUCCAAGCAAAGGGCAUCCGUCCAAGUGGUCAGAAGGUUACCCAUGUAGUCUCCUCCACCAUGAUGACUGGUCUACUGCGGUCCCUGCUCACUGACAGGCUUUGCCAGAAGCCUUGUGAAGAAGAAAUAGAAAUUCAGUUCCAUAGUGAUCCAUUGUCUGCUAUAAAUGCCUGCUAUGAAGGCGACACUGUUAUUGUUUGUCCUGGCCAUUAUGUGGUACAUGGCACAUUCUCCAUAGCUGACUCCAUUGAGUUGGAAGGAUAUGGUCUACCAGAUGAUAUUGUGAUAGAAAAGAGGGGUAAAGGUGAUACUUUUGUGGAUUGCACAGGUGCAGAUAUUAAAAUCUCAAGCAUAAAAUUUGUUCAGCAUGAUGCUGUAGAAGGAAUCUUAG